AGUCACUUUUAAAAGAGAGAGGAAAAACAAUGAACUGCAUUUUCUUUGAGUGAUAUUAUAUUUGAUUUCAGAUGUUGCUUGCCCUGCUAUCUUGAUGUAGAGAAGUGCUGCCACCUGUGAAGAUGAUUGUGUGUAGCAGUUGUGACAAAGUUCCUCCUUUAUCUUGAUUACGUUCUACAUCAGUAGAAAUGGACAGCAGCAGUUUCAUUCAGUUUGAUGUGCCUGAGUACAGCAACACUGUUCUGAGCCAAUUAAAUGAGCUUCGUCUGCAAGGGAAGCUAUGUGACAUAAUUGUGCAUAUUCAGGGUCAGCCAUUUAGAGCCCAUAAAGCUGUUCUAGCUGCCAGUUCUCCAUAUUUCCGUGAUCAUUCAGCAUUAAGCACCAUGAGUGGCUUAUCAAUAUCCGUUAUUAAAAACCCUAAUGUCUUUGAACAGUUACUUUCAUUUUGUUACACUGGAAGGAUGUCCUUGCAGCUGAAGGAUGUUGUUAGUUUUCUAACUGCAGCUAGCUUUCUACAGAUGCAGUGCGUCAUUGACAAGUGCACACAGAUAUUGGAGAGUAUCCAUUCAAAGAUCAGUGUUGAUGAUGUUGACUCUGUCACCGUUGGUGCUGAAGAGACUCAAGAAAGCCACAAUGGAGUAAAAGAUAGCAGCUACUUUGCCAAUCCUGUCGAAAUAUCUCCUCCUUAUUGCUCUCAGGUGCCACAACCAACAGCGGGUAGUGAUCUAAGGAUGGAAACUACUACAGGGAAAACUUUACGCAGUCGUCUGCACGAAGAAGGGCACUCAGAUCGAGGAAGCAGUGGAAGUGUCUCUGAAUAUGAAAUCCAGAUUGAAGGUGAUCCUGAGCAAGGGGACCUGAUAGUAAGGGAGAGCCAGAUUGCAGAGGUGAAGGUUAAAAUGGAAAAAUCUGACCGGCCAAGUUGUUCUGAUAGCUCCUCACUUGGUGAUGAUGGAUACCAUACUGAAAUGGUUGAUGGAGAGCAAGUGGUUGCAGUAAAUGUAGGCUCCUAUGGAUCUGUAUUACAACAUGUUUAUUCAUUUUCCCAUGCCUCAUCCCAGGCUACUAGCAUGUCUGAAACCUUUGGAAGCCUGAGCAAUUCAAGUCCUUCAAGGUCCAUGCUUAGUUGUUUCAGAGGAGGUCGUGCACGCCAAAAACGGGUAUCCGCUGGUCACUUACAUAGUGAUGUUCAGGGCUUAAUGCAAGGGGCUGAUGGUGAAACCAUAGUGAGUAACCCAGGAUAUGAAAGCAGUCCACGGGAAAGAAAUGCAAGAGGUCAUUGGUAUCCAUACAAUGAGAGGUUAAUUUGUAUUUACUGUGGAAAGUCUUUCAACCAGAAAGGGAGCCUUGAUCGACACAUGCGAUUACACAUGGGAAUUACCCCUUUUGUGUGCAAGUUUUGUGGGAAGAAAUACACACGCAAGGACCAACUUGAGUAUCAUAUUCGUGGCCACACGGAUGAUAAACCCUUCCGCUGUGAGAUCUGUGGGAAAUGUUUUCCUUUCCAAGGGACGCUAAAUCAGCAUUUAAGAAAAAAUCACCCUGGGGUAGCAGAAGUAAGAAACAGGAUAGAAUCUCCAGAAAGAACAGAAGCAUUUCUUGAACAGAAAAUAGAUAAUGACACUUCAGCCUCUGAAGCUGUGGAUUCUAGUAUGGAAAUUCACACAAUGUCUAACACACCUGAUUAAAAUACUAAGUUCUAAGUUCCACCCUAACAAAGCACAUUAAUCAAUGCAUUUUUAAAAUUUUUGCUUCUUUAAUAGUCUUCAGUACAGGUAUAUCAGUCUUUUAAUUUUCUUGACCUUUUGGAAAUCUGGUCAAAACGGUUUCUGAAGGAAGCUAUAUGAUUGUCCAUUGUUUCAAAGGAAGCUGGGUAUUUUUCACUCUUGAAGAUGCUUUAAAGUAUAAAGGAUAUAGUAUUCUGGGUGUCCAGAGGCCGAAGUAGGCUAAAAUUGUUCUUUACUGGCUGAUCUGGCAAGACACAAAUUCCAUCAGGGAAGGAUAUUAAAAUAAGACUAGAAGCCCUGAUGGAUACACUAAGAGGGUAUAUUCUCCGUCAUUGUGCUUCCUAACUUCCAUUCCCAAUAAUGGGGGUUAUGCAGCACUAUGGGGAAAGACUGUUUUCUCAUGAGUCCCCUCCAGGUGUCAAUGAAACGUCUUUAGUUUUUGAAAUAGCUAUUUUUUGGUAGCUUGCAAUUUUAUAUAUAACUAUAUAACAAACUUAUCUAAAUAACAAACACUUUCACUUUUCCUAUUCUGGUUGGGAUGAAUGUAAGAGUAUGUCAAAGUUAAUAUAAUGUACAAGGCUUUCUACUCUUAAGUCUCAUCUCUACCUAGGACUUUGCUGGGAUAUUUUUUUCUUUUUUUAGAAGAAAGUUACUUGGUUUUCAUUUUAUUAAAAUAUUACUUUGUGUCCAAAAGUGAGCAAAGUGAAUAACCUUGUUUAAGUAUCCUUGCUUUAUAGCAGAUAUGUAAACCAAAUGCCAUAAAUCUAUUAAAUUAUGGUUGAAUUGUUUGGGUUUUUGUUAGUUGUCUAGAGUACAAGCUGGACAACCUGUGGUGCUGACCUUUUUUAUAGAGCUUGUAUUGUUAUACUAGCAAACCCAAGAGUAGCAUUGUGGUUUUAAAUGUGUUUUUACUCGCUUCAGAAUCUACCUUCAUUUCGUACUGUAGAAACAUACCAGGUAACUAAAUCUAACUUAAUUGUUCUAAAUGGUUGGCUAAUACUAGCCGGAAAGGGAUGUUGUAGUUUAAACUACAGUACUUCCAAGCAGUAUUUUAUCUUUUCCCAGAGAGCUGUUUCAGGUGCAUAGUAACUUCCUACUUACUGUUCCAAGUGACCUCUCAGUACUUGGAAUUUGUAACUUUUUUUUGUUGUAAAAAUACUAUAUGGGAAUUGCAAGCAAUAUGUCUGUUAUUAUAUAUGUGAGUAUUACAGAGUCACUAUGGCUUCCCCAUUAUUUCAAUGGUUAAUGUUUUCUUCAUAAAGAGACCACCAAUAACAAAAACUUUAAAAAUACUCUAAAUUGUUUUGUAUUACCAAAUGUGGUUUUGUUUUUUGGUUCUUAUGUGGUGCUAUCUUUACCUUUUAUCAACUUAGGUCAGUAUAGUAUAGUAAAUGUGAAACCUAAUGGUAACAGUGAAACAAAAGCAAAAUCUGUUCAAUGAGAUGAUAGCUUUGAAAGAGACCUCAAAAGCAUGGCUGGCAAACAUUACUGUAUGAAAUUCUACUUGAUCGGCAGAAUUAAGGAAGUACAGUUCUGUUAAUCAUGUUUUUAAAAAUACAAAAGAAUGAAGCUUUAUGUAGAUUUGGGCCUAUAUUUUUUAUUGAGAUUCAUUUCACAAUGAUUGCUAAUGUUCUUGUGAUUAUGCUAUUAAACUUUUAAAAUAAAUGCUCAUUUUUAGGUUACAGGAAAGCAAAAAAGGUAAGUUUGCUGGCUUGUAAUGCUUUUUGGGUUCCUAUAACUCAAAUAACUUUGUGUGGGAUUUUUAAAUACUUUUCAGACCCUUAGUCCACGAGUCUGAGGUAUAUUUGUGCAGUAACUUUUAAAAUACACUAUCUCUUAAUAUUGUGUCAGUACGCAAUAAGGAUUAAUGUUACUAAAUACAGACGUACACUAUAAACCCCAGCUGCUCCGUAGGAGCAGUUUUAUUUAAAUUGGGUACAUAAUCUGCCUUUUCCUCCUAAAACUGCCUAAAUAAGGGAUUUGUUCCUCCCUGAAGCAACAGAAGAACUCCUGUUUCCAUUAAUGGAAACAGUUGUGUGCAUCAAGGAGAGGCUAGAUCGCUACAUGUUUACCAUUUAAACACGUGUUGGUGUUUCAGUUAAAUGUUUUUUUUUACAUAAAUGUUUUUUUAAGUAAAUGCAAACAAUUGUGUUUUGGUAAAAUUAAGUUUGAGACACACAGAAAAGCCAAGAAAUGUAGAGUUAAGCUUGACCCUUUAUCUUAAACUUGUAUUGUGGUGCCUUUGGGUUGGCUUAUUUCCAUAGUAGUGUGAGUUGAGGGGAGUAGGGAAAGGGCUGUUAACUUUGUAUUUCUUGACCUUUGUCAGUGUGUCACAGUCUUAGCAUUAUUUAAAUAUAGUUCUUUGUAUCUGUACAUUUAUUAAACUGGUUUGAUUUU